UGCAUAUCUGAUGAUGGAGGGUGUAUUGGGUUGAGUUUUACGCAAUCCCAUUAUAUCCAUCAUCCACCCACUCAUCCAUCUGCACCUUCUUUCCCUUUUAACCCUUUUCUCUCCUUUCCCUUUUAUCUCCCCUUGCGUUGCCGGCGAGGAAAGCAUUCCCUUCCAUUUCUUGCUUUUUUUCGGAAACCAUUCUUCUUGCUCCAGAUCCAUUUUCUUUGUUAUAAUUCAAACCAAACCAUUUUUUGUUUUAUAACUGAAACAACGCAAAAACAAAAGUACACCUCAUGGGAAAUAUUGGUAGCAGCGGUGUCCACGGGCGCCGGAGGCACGGUAGUCGCCGUAGCCAUCCUCCUACGCCGCCACCAGCAGCUCCACAACCGGAAAUCACCGGUAACCGGUACGUAUUUGCUGCGGCCACUCCUUACCCUUCGCAAUACCCCAAUCCUAAUCCACCACCGUACUACCAGUACCCUGGGUAUUAUCAUCCGCCUCCACCGGCCAUGCCUGUGCCGUUGCCAGCCCCUUAUGAUCAUCACCACCGCGUCGACCCUUCGCAUUGGGUUGGCGGCAGGUAUCCGUGUGCGCCUAUGAUGGCUCCACCGCUGCCUUACGUGGAGCACCAGAAGGCGGUUACAAUAAGAAACGACGUUAACUUGAAGAAGGAAAGUUUGAGGCUUGAGCCAGACGAGGAGAACCCAGGAAGGUUUCUUGUUGCCUUCACAUUUGAUGCUACUGUUGCUGGAAGCAUCACUGUUAUGUUCUUUGCAAAAGAAGGUGAGGAUUGUACUCUGACACCAAUGAAGGAAAACCUUCUUCCACCAGUGACAGUAACUUUCCAACAAGGUCUUGGGCAGAAAUUCAGGCAGCCUUCAGGAACUGGGAUUGAUUACUCAGUUUUUGAGGAGAGAGAUUUAACGAAAGUGGGUGAGAUGGAUGUCUAUCCUCUAGCUGUGAAGGCAGAGGCUUCCCCUCCUAAUCAGAAUGAAGAAGAAGGAAACCAAAUAUCUGGAAUCACAAAUUCUCAGAUAACGCAAGCAGUGUUUGAGAAGGAGAAAGGCGAGUACCAGUUGAGAGUAGCAAAGCAGAUUUUAUGGGUGAAUGGGAUGAGGUAUGAGCUGCAGGAAAUAUAUGGGAUUGGGAAUUCAGUUGAGGACGCCGUGGAUGCAAAUGACCCGGGAAAGGAAUGCGUGAUUUGCCUGUCAGAGCCACGGGAUACAACUGUUCUUCCCUGCAGGCACAUGUGUAUGUGCAGUGAAUGCGCGAAGGUUUUGAGGUUCCAAACGAAUCGGUGUCCGAUUUGCAGACAACCAGUGGAGAGGCUUUUAGAGAUAAAGGUCAACAACGGGCCUGAUGAAUGAUAAGUGGAAUUGCUCCUGCCUUGCUGUAUAGUAUAGUGGUCUCCUUUCUUUUCAAUUUCUUGUUUUCUAAUAAUCGCUCUGGAAAUGAUAACGAAUUUGGUGCAGUAUGACAAAGGAAAAUUGUUGGUUUUGUGCCAUAAAUAUUUUGAGCCAAUGCUUUAAGCUUGCUCAUACGAAUAUCUGAGUCAUGUUUAAUCUGUGAGAUAAAAUGUUUGGUUUGAUUGGUUGCC